AUGAGAGUGAGUCAACUGGUUUUACCUCUUGUGUCUCUGAUACCAUGUGUACUAGGAGACGACGGUUACAAGCACUACUCCAAGGAUGAGAUCAUUGUUCAGUCUUGCAGAACAUCUCUUGCCAAAACGGCGUUGUUCUGUGCAAAGGAUACUGCCAAGUCCUACAAAUGCUCUUGCUCCACACCGCAAGGUCUCGGUUCUUGGUUGUACUGUGUCUAUGAUCAGACUUCGCUUUACGAUGAGACCAUCGAUGAUUUUAUCAUCGAGUACUGUGAAGAGAACGCCAACAAGAAAUACACAAGAGAGCAGCUCAAGAAACAGUAUGAGAAUGCCACAGACUACAUUAUCAAUCCUUCAGAUGUUGACGGGUUCAACAAGAGCGCAGUGACGUAUGUUCCUGUUGAGUACAACAAGAAGGUGUUUACCAAUGCUUACAAGUCCAUCGAGGCACGCCGUAAGAAUGAAGAUUGGGGUAUGUGGAUGGGCGCCGGUUUGAUUGGCUACUGGGCUCUCAUGUUCUUGCUUGCUGGAAUCUACAACUUCCUAAACCUCACUGUCUUUGUUGCAGGUAACUUGAAGUCCCAUCCAAUGAAUCUCAUCAGAAAGCAUCUUACGAUGCCAGCCACCUGGGGGAAGAGACACUCACAUCCGGUAACAGUGUUUAAGAUGUUUGUUGGAUACAUUCCCCUGAGAAUCCAGUCCAUCGUCAUCUUCUUCUACCUUGUGCUGGUUGUCGUCUUCUCAGCAACAGGCUACUCGUACAUCGAGAAUGAUACUAUCUGGCCAGACAGAGGCGCCCAAAUGUCCAGAUAUCCAGGUGACAGAACUGGUAUUCUGGCAUGCUUCGCAUUCUUGUUGACUUUCCUGUUUGCUGGUAGAAACAACUUCCUCAUCUGGGUCACUGGCUGGAACCAAAGUACUUUCCUCACGUUCCACAAGUGGAUCUCUAGAAUCAACUUUCUCCUUGCAGUUACCCAUGGUGGCUCCAUGCAUGUCCAGUCCAAGCAACUUGGUAAGCUGGCCUCACGUUAUGCGAACCCAUGGAUGCGCUGGGGUGCCGUUGCCGUUGUCUGUGCAGGCUUGAUCAUGGUGCAAGCCUGCUAUGCUGUGAGAAGAACACAGUACGAAGUCUUCUUGAUCAUGCACAUUCUACUGGUUGUCUUCUUCCUCAUUGGCUCUUGGAUCCACACGAGAAACUUUGGAUAUGACAUGUUCACCUACGCCAUGGCUGCCAUCUGGUGUUUUGACCGUUUUGUUAGAAUCGUGAGACUCACCUACUUUGGUGUUCAAAAGGCCCAGGUCACCGCUGUGUCCGACGAGGUGCUGAGAGUGGUCAUUCCACGUCACAAGCUGUGGAAGGGGUUCCCAGGAUCGUUUGGCUACCUCCACUACCUCACGCCAAAGACGUUCUGGCAGUCUCAUCCGUUCACCUGUAUCGACUGUGACGACAAUACUGUUACUUUCAUCACCAAGAUCAAAGGUGGUGUUACCUCUGUUAUCUACAACCGUGUGAUCCAAAGCGCAAACAACACAGAGAGCAUUCCAAUUCUUCUUGAAGGCCCAUACGGACACAUGAAGCCUGUGCACAAGUUCUCCACGGCUUUAUACUACACAGGUUCCACGGGUAUCUCUUCAUCGUAUGCCACCAUCAGAGACUGUGCUCGCAGAGGAGUACAGCAGCAUGUUAAGCUGUAUUGGGUCAUCAGAAACUGGAAAUCACUCGACUGGUUCUAUGAUGAGCUGUUAGAACUGAAGAAGACAAGUGCAGAGGUUAUCAUCUACGUUUCGGAUCCUUCAUCUCCUCACGGAACAAGACAUCUCAGUGGUAAUUCGUCUGAUUCCUCCUCUACAAACCAAUCAGAGAAGAACGACUCACAUGAUGAAGAAACAAAGGGUGGAAUGCCACCAAAGGAGCUCGACUUUAUCCAAUUCAGAACGGGAAGACCAAACAUGCAAGAAGUUGUCACUUCUGACUUGCAACAAGCCAACGGUAGCACAGUUGUGGUUGCCUGUGGCCACAACAGCAUGGUUGAUGAUGUUAGAUACUACGUCUCUCAGAACCUGGAUGCAACAAAGGGCAGGGUGGAGUAUAUCGAGGAGUUGCAGGUUUGGUAA